AUGAAAAAUAAAUUGCAAAAGGCUCAAAAUAAACUAGUGAGGGUUUGCAUAGUGAAAGUUUUAAGGAGUUGGGUAUAUUGACUGUGGAAAAACGGAUGCUUUAUUUACAUUUGGUUAUGUCCCAUAACAUUGUAAACAUCCCUCGACCGCAGUCCAUGUUCGGUCACCAUAAACUUUAUUUACGGCAUUUACUCCACAACCACAACACGAAUUUACCCGCUCACCAACAACAACACCUUUCACCGCGUCACUUCCGGUGUGUGGUACAUUCCCUUUCCGUGAAGAAUCUGUCAUUGUAAAUUUGUUUCGGGACUGGUAAAAGUGUUUUGCGUCUUGUUAAUUUGUUUUCUAAAAUGUACAUUUGUUUCGUCCUUGGUAAAAGUGUUUUUCCCAUGUAAUUGUGUUUUAUAAUAUGUAAAAAUGUUUUCCAAAAUGUAAAUUUGUCUCGAGCUUCGUAAAAGUGUUUCACACUUUGUAAUGUUGUUUUGCACUUCCCGGCCACCGUACUAUACACUGUAAAAAAAUUCCUUAAAAAUACAGUACAAUAUACCGUAAUAAUUUGAAGUAAUUUUCUGUAUUUGGUUUUUACAGGUGUUUUUUAAUUACGCUUUGCAUUGUGGGAACAAGAAGCUCAGUCAAUUAUCGGCGCGAAAACAGUGCUAGAGCAGACGCCAUUAUUCACAGAGAUAGUCUCGUUAAAAAAAAAUCAUUUUAAAGUCGGAUUUCGGGUUUGAGGAACCGUUUUUACACUUCCGUGGUAAAUUAUAUUUUGUUAAAUGUAACAAACUAUAACGUUAACUUGCUGUCUUCCUUGUUUGCCAAAUGAAUGUCGGAGGCUCAGAGCCGUCUCAUUUGACAUUUUCAGCACACCAUCAUCUCACUCGACGUGGAGGCAAGUUACGUGUUACCGUGUGCUCGCUUUCAGUUUUAUAAAUAAGUUUAUUAACUUUUAAUUGUUGUUGAUGCGGUGUAUUUGUUACUGCGCGUGCCGUAAAGCAUCCGGCAUGUUAACGUUACUGCGGUGAUGUUAAGCAGCUGUGAUAACGUUAGAUCUGAAGUGUCGUACAACUGUGUUUAGAGCGCUGUGUGCCUCCAACAGAAGCUGGCAGAGGAAUUGUCAAGAAAAGACACCAUUACGAUUUUUUUUUUAUUCUUUAAAAGAGAUUAUACGACUAGGUGAAGAUCUGACAUCGCGGAAUUCAAGGAUAACGCAACUUUUCUGCCAAACGAGGUCGUAAUUGUAUUGUGCAUCCCAAGUACCCCCUGCAUUCUUAUCAAGGAUUGCUGUCAUUCAAGAACUCAUUUCCUCCCCCAUUGUGGCUGAGCUACACAUUCUCUUCAUUUUAUUUUAAACAUAAAACAGGAGAUGGCACCUACGUUGGAAUUCAUACAAAUGACUUCCUGUUUUGUGAAAACAGAUGAUCAGUCCAAACAGCAGCUCUGAUUCACUUGGAGGGAAAAGACUUAUGAAGGUAAUGAACUGAAGCUAUCAAGACUUUUCCUGACUGAAACAUUUUUACAAAAUGGGUUCCGGUGCAUCACAAGAGGACCAAGUGCCCUUGUUAGGACACACUGAAGAAAAUCAACCUAUUUUUGAGGAACUUAAACUUGUGCUGAUUGGAAGUCAAGGUUCUGGGAAAAACACUAUUGCUAAUGCCAUCCUCAAGGAAAAAGUCUUCACAUUCUGGACGUCUUUUAGAAGUGACUACAUCAAGGAGACUCGUACAGUAUCAGGAACAAAGAUUCAAUUGACUCGCAUCCCAGGCUGGAGAGGAGACUUGAGUAGAUCGGAGCAAACCAAACGUGAAAUUGUUUACUGUGUACAGACUUUAUAUAAAACUGGACCUCAUGCAAUCAUCUUGGUGCUUAAAGUGAACUCAGUGCUGUCAAAGUCGUACAUCAGCACCCUAGAGAGUCUGCUUACUGUUCAACUGUGGAAACAUACCAUAGUGCUCUUCACCAGUGGAGAACAACUGGGAUUUUAUACCAUUGAGGAUUAUAUCAAACGCCAACGGCUUCAACCUUUAAUUCACAAAUGUGGAAAAAGAUUUUUUGUGAUCCGAAACAAUGACAGCAAUGAGAUUACUGAGAGAAUUCAAGAGCUCGUUGCCUUGAAGAAUUCAGCAAGUUGUUUUAAACUUUCAGCUCAGACAGAGGUUAAUAAUACAUUACUGUCAGACUGGAGACGUCUUGUUGAGAGAAUCAAAUCUAAAAUCACUAUUCUCUCAGCCUCCAAGGAAGAGUUAACAUUAAAUCCAAAUACACAAAAUAAUAACUCCAUUAAAAUGUUACUUGAUUUAAAGGAUGCAGAAAUAAGAAGACUAAAUGCCAUUGUUCAAGAAAAAGAAAGGGAGAUAGAGAGGUUACAAUCAAGACACUUAACUCAAGAUCUUGACCCCUCUGGCCUACGCAGAAGAAAUUAUAUACUGAGCAAUGAACUAAAGAAAAAGAAUACAGAGAAUAAAAUACUGAAAAAGCAAGUAAAGGAAAAGGAUGCUGAGAUUGAAGAAUUGAAAAUAGAUUUACAAAUGCGGCAACAAGAAGCUGUAGACCGGAGAACACAUGAGGAUCAGUAUGAAACUGUAUAUGCAGGCUAUCGUAGCAAACUCCGUCAAGGUGUCUCAACAGUGUCCAUAAGAAGCCGCAACCAAAUACAGAUGCAGGAGCUUCAUUCAAAAGGCUCAGCUCUACAUGGAUGGAGUGAUGCUCUUCUGGAUAUCUUGAAUGAACUGUCUGAUGAAGACCUGAAGAAAAUGAAAUACGUCAUGUACUGGAAUGAAAAAUACAGGAUAUACAGGAGCUCAGUAGAGCACAGAGACAGAGUUGCACUGGCAGACCACAUGCUAAAACAGUGGGGUGAAUUGCAGUCAAUUCUGAACACACGAGACCUUGUGAAGAAAAUCCCUCGUAAUGACGAUGCCAUGAAAGAACUGUUUGAACCUUUCUUAAAGAUCAUUGGUGAGACAUGGUAAUCAUCAGCUAAAUCACACAGUCGUCAUUUCUUUUUAAAAGAAUAAGGUGUUUGUCAUUUUGUAUUGUUCUGCAUGGAGUUGUUUCUUCUGUACAUUUCAUCUUCUUGAAUGAGGCACUCAAUCCUUCUUCUUUUUACUCUUAAAAACAAAGUUUCCAAAAGGAGGUUUUCACAGCGAUGUCACAGAAGAACCAUAUUUGGUUACACAGAGAACCUAUGAGUGAACAUUUCUUAAAAGUACCUUUUUUUGUGUGUGUGAAAACAUUUUAAAAAUCUAACAAACUUUUCACUAAAGAACCUUUUGUGAAAUGGAAGAGUUCUAUGGAUCUUAAAAUUAACCUUUUUAACAGUGUUCAAGUGUGCAUAGAACAGAUUCCAUAUUCAUUUCAAAAUCACAAUUCAUGUAAAAGACAUGACAUUCAGGUUAUUAUCAUGGAGCAGAUGUAGGUGUUGUUUUCUUUUUUAGUGAAGUUAUUAAUGUAAUUUCGCGAGGAGUACGCCCAUCUUAUCUUCCAAUUUAUACCCAAGUAUAAAAGACAGCCUCUUACCACUUCCGUCGUUAGUUCUUUCGGCAUCCCUCCUCCUCCCCAUCUCCUCCUUUUAUGCAUAUUUAUUUAUUUAUUUAUUAUCUUUCUGUCUAUAGAGGGGCUAUCGGAGCUCGAGUAGAAUAGUCUCUCUGAGCCCUCCAUUGCAGACAUCAAGCCAAAUCUUUUUACCACUAAUGCUAAGAUUAUAUGGGCAGACGAACUCGUGAAAAACCUAAUUUAUCUCAUAGUGAAGUGUAAAGGAUACAUUUGAUUAUAUGUUGUUGCAGAUUUUAAUGUUUGUGAAAUUGUUUAUAAAAUUUUGAAACUGGCCAUCUA